AUGGAAGAAGCGCUCAAGCACUUUUCCUGCUCUCGAUGGACGGAACAGCAUUUACAUGACUCUGCCUACGAGCAGGUACAAACGUAUUCGCGGCUGAAGAAAUCGACGGGGGAAGACUACUAUAUGUCACGUACCCUGAACACCCCAUCUACAAUACCUCACUGGAUGACGCUUCGACGGCGUGAUUUCAACACCAGGAAGUCUCCAGCCACAUCAAAAUCGACAAAUGAAGUACGAUCCAGCAUCAAAUGGGGCCCCAAUGGUCCACAGAACCCAGAUGUGAUCUUUCUUUUAGCACUGGGAGAGAAAGGCAUUGAUAGUCAUCCAUCCACGGCACAUGGAGGAGUGCAAUGCGCAAUUCUCGACGAAUGCAUGGGUCUAACGAUCAUGUUUCACUACAAUAGUGUCUUCAAAUCCAGGCCGGAUGACACUGGUCCUAAAGACCCUGUCUUCACCGCCAAGUUGACUAUCUCCUUCCAGAGAGCUGUCAAGACGCCUGGAAAUUACGUUGUGAGGUCAUGGUUAGUGAGUAACGAAGGGAGGAAAUGGAUUGCAAGGGCUCAGCUACUGGAUCAAACUGGAUCCGUUGCCACCGAAGCUAAGGGAUUAUGGGUAGAGGCUCGGAAAGGUCGUCUUUGA